CCCUGUGCUCCUGUAAAGCUUCUCCCUCUGGACAGAACAAGGAAGUCCCUCCCAUUCAGUCUCCCAGGUGUUUUCAGAGAAAACGAAACUGUUGUCUGCUCUUUUCCGUCAGUGUGAGAGAGGCUGUCAGUAAAAUGGCUGAGCAGCAGCAGCAGCAGCAGCAGGGGUUGUUGCUGGACAGAGAUCAGUUGUGUUGUUCAGUCUGUCUGGACCUCCUCAACCAGCCAGUCACUCUUCAGUGUGGACACAGUUACUGUAGAGACUGUAUAGAGAGCUGCUGGGACAAGGAUGAAGAGAAGGGAGUGUACAGCUGUCCUCAGUGCAGACAGACCUUCAGCCCGAGGCCUGCCCUUGUGAAGAACACCAUGCUGGCUCAGAUUGUGGAGAAUCUGAAGACAACAGGGAACCAGCAGGCCUCUCCCUCUGCAGAUGUGUCCUAUGCUGGCCCCACAGAUGUGGCCUGUGAUUUCUGCACAGGGACUCGACCUCACAAAGCCCUUAUGACCUGUUCAGCGUGCCUGGCCUCCUACUGCUCCACUCACCUCCAGCCUCACUACACUGUUCCUGUGCUGAAGAAGCACAAGCUGGUCUCUGCCACGGCCCGACUGCAGGAGAAGAUGUGCUCCAGUCAUGACAAGCUGAUGGAGGUGUACUGUCGUACAGACCAGCAGUGUAUCUGCUAUAUGUGCACCAUGCAUGAACAUAAGGGCCACGAUACAGUGUCGGCUGCAGCAGAAAGGGCUGAGAUACAGGUAGGACCACCACAACUUGUUGAUCACCAACAAACAAGAGGCAGUCCUAAACGGUUGGAUGUUCGUCGCCAGAAAGCCCAGCAGAGAGAGAAGGAGAUUAAGAAGCUGAGACAGGCUGUGGAGGAUCUGAAGAGCUCUGCACAGACCGCAGUGGAGGACAGUGAGAGGAUCUUCACUGAGCUGGUGGCCUCCAUUGAGAGGAGGCGCAGCGAGGUGGAGGAGCUCAUCAGAGCCCAGGAGAAGACUGCAGUCAGUCAGGCUGAAGAGCUUCUCCUGCAGCUGCAGGAGGAGAUGGAAGAGUGGAGGAGGAGCGAUUCUGAGCUGGAGCAGCUGUCACACACUGACGACCACAUCCAUUUCCUUCAGAAAUUCAAGUCUCUCUCCCUCCCGGCUGGUUCUCUGGACUCACCGAGCAUUGUUGUGCGUCCUCUGCGUUACUUCAGAGAUGUGACUGAUGCUGUGUCUGUCCUCAGAGACAAACUAGACCACAUCAUGACACACACAUGGCCCAGGAUUUCAUCUGCAGCGUCUGCUGUAGAUGUCUUACUGCCACCAGAACCAAAGACCAGAGAAGACUGUUUACUGUAUUGUCGUCCUCUCACGCUGGAUGUGAACUCUGCCCAGCAACGUGUCUCCCUGUCAGAGGACAACAGGAAGGUGAGGCUGACACCACGAGACUUGAAUUAUCCUCCUCAUUCAGACAGGUUUACUGACUGUGACCAAGUGCUGUGCAAGGAGGGCUUAUCUGGACGCUGUUAUUGGGAGGUGACAUUAAGUGGUGGUGUUGUUAUAGCAGUGUCAUACAAAGACAUCAAGAGAUCAUCAGGUGGCUCAAGAUUUGGUGAUAAUGACAAGUCCUGGAGGUUAUACUGCUCUGGGGGUUGUUACAGGUUCAUACACAAUAGUGUAGUAACAGAGUUUUCAGGUCCUUCCUCCUCCAGAGUAGGAGUGUUCCUGGACCACGAGGCAGGUGUUUUGUCUUUCUACAGCGUCUCUGACACAACCACCCUCCUCCACAAAGUCAACACCACUUUCACUCAGCCUCUCUAUCCUGGACUUGGACUGUGGGGUAAAGGAGCGGUUGCAGAGGUGAUGAAGGUCUGGUAGGGAAGAUCUCGGUUACGUGUCAGGAUUUGUUCUGCGUUUGAAAUAUAUGAUUGGAAAUAGCUGACGAGUGGAAAGGGCAGAGCUGUCCUCAGAGGAAGACGUGUUUGGUGAACGGGUUUCUUUCACCACUUUCAUUUCUUUGUGUGGUUUUCAAAAGAGUCUCAGUUCUUAUCCAGGGGGACCAAACGGGCGCUAAAAAGCAGCAGCUGAUGGAUGUGGUUUGAUCAAAGUGGGAGUGAAGGAAGGUUAAUUCAGCCCCACACACACAGACUGAUAAAUAAAGGCAGUUUUAAAGCUUUUUGUAGUCUUAGUAAAGAUGCUGGUUGUUAUGGAAGAGCGAGGCGAAGGAAAUCAAACUAGUGAUGAUGGAUAUUGUAACUUCUUCAUCCUGCAGCACAUUGUGUAGUCAGGAUGCUGUUUUCUUUUCAUUCUUGUCAGAUAACAGGGUGAAAAUCACAACGUGUGAAAGGAGUACACGUUAAAUGGAUGUUGUUUAGCCACUCACAGCUUGUUUGUUGUUGCUCAGAUCAGCAGAAUGUGUUUCAGACAGACAGGGAGGUAAAAACAUGGUGUGUAAACAUCCAGAUGGAAGAUUGUGUGUGGCUGAUGUUUAAUAGAUAGACGCUGAAUGAUAACAUCCACAUCAGAACAGCACAAACCUCGAUGGAUCAGAUGAGGUGUUACAAGACUUCACCCUGCUAUUAGUUUACCCCUUCUCUCUCUUCCUCUCUGGAAUCCCCUUUAGCUUCACAUGUAGGAUUUACUGGACUCACCUUAUGAUUGUGUGUUGUAGAGAAAUGUUGAUGAUAUGUGCGACUUUAAGAAUAUACGAGUCAGCUUCCUGUUUAUUGAUGGUUUCUGUGUGGUGUUAAAUAAAGUGGUGUUUUGUUCCUGAUCACCUGUAAAUAAAAGCUAUGUUUUAUUCCGUGUGUGUGUGUCUGUGUGACAGAGAGAGAGACAGAAGUGGUUGUGUCUCACCUGUGUGCAUCCAUGUACAUGUUGUGCAGGUGAACAUGUGUGUAGGUUUGUAUUAGUGGCUUCACUCAUGUGUUAAUAUGUCCCAGUAACAGCAGCACGUCUGCCAUGUUUCCAGUACUGUGGACUGUACUUCCUUAUUAAAUGUACUUUAAUUUCAUGUGCUCACACCAGUAAAGACGCUGAAUUAGAAAAGUC